CCGGCAACAACUACACUACGAAAAGAGCCAUCUAACGCCGAUAGUAGUAAAAUGGUUUCUUGCGGCAUUUUCUCGGUUCAACACGGCGUGGCUCGACGGGUAGACGACCCAGCUCCUGUCAUUGUUCCUUUGCCCCCUCGGAUCCGCUUGGCUGUCCCGGGCCUCGUGGGAGCAAGGAUUGUGCUCUCCCCGGCAACACCAGGGAUUGUUUCGUCAGCUCUUAUGAAUUAGCCAAGGGUGAAGCUAUCACCGCUGAGGGAAAAGUCCUUCUACAGUUGCU